UGUAUAUUGCGUGUCUGGACGGCGACAUAUUUAGCUAACGGUGUUUAAAACAACGCUUUGAUACAAAUGCAGGUGCUGUAAAAAUAGUCGGGGGUGUGUUUUGUUUUCUGAAGAAUCUAUGGAGAUAAAGUCCAUGGUAUUUGAGCUGCUUGCGCGAUAUAGCGCGCGGUGACUGUCAUCUAACGUUACAGAAGUCUACAGCAAGCAAUCAGCGCGUGUAUUAAGAAGUGUCGCGCCAGAGCGUUCAGGAACACAGCUGCGCGUGAUAAUUAAAGCGCUUGAAUUCGCUGGAUGUUUAUAUAGGCACGAAUCGUCCGGAGGAUGUAAGCAUGAUAUUUUAUCUAUCAGUCGCGAGGAACAGCUUUAUGAACGUUGAUUGAAGAACCAGAGAGCCUUAAUAGGGACAUCAUGGAACUUUUUUGGAUCGUUUUCUUCAUGUUUGACAUUAUUUUCAUGACAGACUGUGCUAGAGGUCCUCCACGUGUAGCAGAGAAGGUAGCUCACCGACAGACCGUCAGAAUUGGACGUACCAUGAAACUUCAGUGUCCUGUGGAGGGCGAUCCGCCACCCCUCAUCAUGUGGACCAAAGACGGUCGAAACAUCCACAGCGGUUGGAUGCGCUUCAGGGUCCUUCAGCAAACCCUCCGCAUUAAAGAGGUGGAGGCAGAGGAUGCUGGGACUUUCAUUUGUAAAGCCACCAAUGGUUUUGGUAGCGUCAACAUUAACUACACCCUCAUCGUCAUCGAUGACUCCAGUGCUAGGAGGGAAGGUGCCAGACCAGCUGGUGAAACCGAGUACUCCACUGACCUGGCGGGAAAACUGGUGCGGCCCCGCUUCACGCAGCCGGCCAAAAUGAGAAAGCGUGUGAUCGCCCGGCCAGUGGGGAGCUCAGUAAGGCUCAAGUGCACCGCAAGCGGCAACCCCAGACCUGACAUCGUCUGGCUGAAAGACAGCAGGCCUCUGACGCCCGAGGAGGUGGGCGAGGGCCGAAAGAAGAAGUGGACUCUCAGCCUGAAGAAUCUUACACCUGAGCACAGCGGCAAGUACACGUGUCAUGUGUCCAACCGUGCCGGGGAGAUCAACGCCACCUAUAAAGUGGAAGUCAUCCAGCGCACAAAUUCCAAGCCCAUCUUGACAGGCACUCAUCCAGUAAACACUACAGUAGACUACGGUGGCACCACAUCUUUCCAGUGUAAAGUACGCAGUGAUGUCAAGCCGGUUAUCCAGUGGCUAAAGAGGGUCGAACCAGGCGGUGAGAGCAAGUACAACUCCACCAUUGAGGUCGGAGACCAUCACUUCGUUGUGUUGCCCACGGGUGAUGUGUGGUCACGACCAGACGGCUCCUAUUUGAACAAGCUACUUAUCACUCGAGCCAAGGAGGAGGACGCUGGCAUGUACAUCUGCCUUGGAGCCAAUACCAUGGGCUACAGCUUCCGCAGUGCCUUCCUUACUGUUCUGCCUGACCCAAAGCCGCCAUUCUCCCCGAUCCCGUCGGUUCUGCCUCCCAGCCUUCCCUGGCCCGUCAUCAUCGGCAUCCCCACGGGAGUGGUCUUCAUUUUGGGCACCGUCCUGCUCUGGUUCUGCCAGUCCAGGAAGCACUGUUCCUCAGGAGCCAUAAUCUCAGGCCAGACUUUACCAAACGGCCACCGACAGCCACCCAGAGACCAGGCGCGGGCGGCUGCCGAGAAAGACUGCAUUGGCUCCGUCACCUACGAGGAGUAUUUGGCUCAGCAGCAACAACAACAGCUUCUGCUGGCCCAAGCUGCCCCCAAAGUCUACCCAAAGAUCUAUCCAGACAUUCACACACAUACCCACUCGCACGUGGACGGCAAAAUUCACCAGCACCAACACAUCCACUACCAAUGUUAGCCUUCAUACUUACAGUCCACUGGUUCAUUCUUCAAAGAUCUCCUCAGUCGCUGACGCAACAUUUUGUCGCCAAAAUAGGGCAGCGUGUUGGCCAGGAUGUUUUGGCCAGGAUGUUUUGAAAUAGAGAAAGACUUCACAGAAACAUUGCUGACAGCAAAAACUUUUGUAGGUUUGUAUGGGACAAAAGACACAUGUAUUGUCUCUUCAAUCUGCUUUCAAACUGUGAUUCAGGAGCGAACUGAUGCUACGAUAUUUUAAUACGAUUUUUUUCAUAAGCCCAUUGACUAAUUUUGUGGAUGGGGCCAAAAGGAUUUUUUGGAUUAGCACCAAAUGUCAGUGAAACGUUCGUUUGCAUGCAUAAGAAAAUUGUUUGCAGAUAUUGAGAGAUAACGUUACAGUUUAUUUCCUGUAACAGUUUAUAUCCUUCACUGAUUGAAUACAUGAGAGCAUAUGCUCAUGUUGUUUUUGCAGGUAUGGUCUACGUUGUUUCAACUUUAAGAAAUGGUGUAGGUUCAGUCUAGUUUUCUGUCUAACUGUAUCUUUAAUGGAAAAAGAGAAUAUCCUUGAGCUGUAGUUAUAUCAUAACUAAAGAUAUGAUGAGAUUGUGGCAUUGUACGUUCUGGCAAGGGUUCCUUGUGUUUUCAUGAACUUUGUACUUUUAUUUUCAGGGGCUGCUCUGAAUAACCUGAGGUAC